AUGGCAUUAGCAGAACCGAUAGGCGUCAUCAACCCAAUAGUUAGGGAAUUAUAAGCAAUUAAUUUCCCUAAGGAACUCAUAUAACCUGAACCUUAGAUACUUUCAAACUAUGAUAAAAUUGAAAAGAUUGGUGAAGGAACAUUUGGGUAACAUUUAAGAAUUAACUUUAUUAGUCAGGUUUAUAAGGGAGAGUACACAAAUCCCGAUAAUGGAGAAAAGAAGUUAGUUGCUCUAAAGAAAUUAAAUAUGAUUAAUGAAAAAGAUGGGGUAAAUUACAUUGUAUAAGUUAAAAUAGUUUCCUAUCACAGCUUUAAGGGAGAUUAAGUAUUUAAAGUAACUGAGUCAUCAAAAUGUUCAAGAAGAAAAAACAAGAUGAGAGGCAGUUUCUAUUUAGUGUUUGAGUACUUGAAAUAUGAUCUGCAAGGACUCAUUGAUAAAAGAAUUAACUUUGAAAUUCCUUAGCUUAAAUGCCUAAUGAUUUAGAUACUUCAUGGAUUGAUUUAUCUUCAUCAAUAGCGAGUGAUACAUAGAGAUAUAAAAGGCGCCAAUAUUUUAAUAAGCUCUUAGGGAGUAGCAAAAUUAGGUGAUUUUGGUUUAGCAAGAACAUUUUAUCCCAAUAAUGAUAGAAUCCAAUACACUAAUAGAGUGGUAACAUUAUGGUAUAGAGCUCCAGAAUUGCUUCUUGGCGCAAGAAAUUAUUCUGAUACAGUUGAUGUAUGGUCUUUAGGUUGUGUUUUUGCAGAAAUGAUCCUAUAAAAUGUAUUAUUUCCUGGUGACAAAGAAGAAAAGCAAGUUGAAUUGAUAUAUGAACGGUGCGGCAGUGUCAGCGAAGAAGAGUGGCCUGGUGUAACUGAAAUGAAAGGCUUUAAAGAAUUCGGACCAAAGAAAAAAUAGCCAAGAAAACUUAAGGAGUUCUUAUUGAAAGCUAGCAAUGGAAAGAUUAACGAUUGCUUAGCUGACUUAAUAGAUAAAAUGCUCACAAUGGAUCCUAAAAAGAGAUUAACAGCUUAAUAAGCAUUGAAUCAUCCAUUCUUUUAAGAAUCACCAAUAGCCUGCAAAUCAUAAGAAAUUCCACUUCCUGACGAAGAUUAUCAUGAAUUUGUUGUCAAAAGUGAAAAGAAGUAAAAGACUAAUUUUAAGAAAAAAUUCGCCUUUCCCAAAUUAGUAUAUGAUAUCAAUGAUCCGUUAACUAACAAUUUUUGGAAGCCUUGCAUGGAGAAGAAUAACAUCAAAAAGAUUUCAAAUAUGUUCUAGCCAGCGCCUAUACCAAUUGAAGAGUAGAAAUUACUUUAAGAGAUGCAAAUUUAAGAAUAAAACUAAAGUUAUGGCAGAUUUAAUAACAGUAAUUAAAACUAUCAUUACGGAAAUCAUUAUAAUAACCAUCAUCAAAAACCAUAUGACCAUGGAAAUGGAAGAUAUCAAAGAAAUCAAUCACCUUAAAAGCAUUUAUAAUAGCAUAAUCAAUAAAUUCCACAGAAAAAUAGGCCUCUUCCUUUGUCUUAAGAUGCUAAAGAGCUAUAAAUUCCCAAUGACAACUAAAUAAUAAUUCCUUAAAUCGCAAGCAAAGUUGAUAAUCCAAUUUAAGAAUAGAAUAAGGAUGAUCAAAGUAACUUUGUAGAUUCUUGGAAGCCUGGUUAAGACGAUGAGCAAAAACCUUAAAUAGUUCCUUAAGCAAAGCCAGAAGAAAUUAACAAUGCUAAUUCAGCUCAAAACAAUUAAUCUGGAUAUAAUAAUUAUAAAAGCUAUAAUAGAUAGGGAGGUGAUUAUGUUCGCCGAAAUAAUAGAGGUUAUAAUAACUACAAUAACAGUAGAUAUUCUAGAGGCGGUGGAUACAAUAAUAGAUAUGGUGGAAACAAUAACUAUUAAAAUAGGGAUAAUAGAUAUUAAAGAGAUAGGGAUAGAUUAGGAGGAGAUAAUGAAAAUUUUUAAGAGAAAUAAGAAAAUAAAGAAGAAAACCGCGCUGAUCCAUUUAUUCACGAAAAUAAAGAGAAACAUGAAAAAUAAAAUAAGCAUAGAAGAAGUAGAAGUUAAAGUAGCAGAAGUUAUAGUCCAGCAUCGAAGGCAUCUUCAUAUUCUUCAUCUAGAAGCAAAAAUAGAAGGUCAAGAAGUAAUCAUAGGAAAGGUAAACCUCAAACUGUUUCUAAGUAAAAACCAAAUGUUGAAUCUGGCAAUCAAAUUAGCCAGCCUUAGUAAGCUACUAAAUCACAAGAUAUUACAGAUGAAGCAGUUAAAAGAGACACACUCCAGGAUGAGUUUUAGGGUAAUAGAGAAGGUCCUUAAAGAGAAUUCAAAAAACCUUAAACAGGAGGUAAGAAUGACUACAGAUAAGAAUUCUAUAACUCUAGUGGAAGAGAUAAAAUCACCUUUAAUAGUAAUCAAAGGGUGCAUCAAUCAAGUAACAGUAACUAUGGAGGCUCAAGAUACCACUAGAGAGAUAAUAAUGAGAGUUAGAGUUAAGAAUCUAAGCCAUAGGUGAUAGAAAGGGAAGACUAGCAAAAAACUACUGUAGAAACAAAAAGUGGUUUUCAUCUGUAUUUAGAAAAAAAUAAUCAAAACUAGCAGAAUUAACAAAAGGACUAUCAUCGUUCAUAUCACUAGUAUGAUAGAGAUAAAAGAGGCCAGGAAGUAUAAAAUAGAUACUAAGACAACAGCAGGCAAUAAGUCCCUUAUCAAAGAUCUAAUUCAACUGAUAGAUUUAGAAGAGAUUCAAGCUAAAAUGAAAAGGGACCAUCAAUGGGAAGCAGAGAUUCAAGUAAUAAAAAUGAAAAUAUGAGAGAUAUAUAGUCAAGUUCAUUUGCUAGUUAAAAGAGAGACUUCAAAGAUUUUGAACUUGGGGAUCCAUCUGUUUAAUAAUCUAACAAAAGUGAUUCUAAAGUGGAAGAUUAACCAGUAAAAGCAGUUGAAAAUAAGUCAUAUUAGAAUUAUAUAAAUAAAAAUGAUAAUGAUAGAAGAGAAAAUUUGUAAAGAGAUGACAUUCCUAACUAUAAAAAUAGAUACUAAGGACAUCAAAAUGAAAAAUAUGAGGGAAGGCGUUAUGAUAGUAGCGGGCAUAGGAAUUAUCAAGAGAAUGAUAAAUACAAUAAUGAAAGGUAGUAUUUCAGUUAUUAUUAAUUAUCUAUAAUAUUUAGGUAUUAAAAUCAAGGUGGAUAUCAAAAGAGAUACGAUUAAAAUUACAAUAAAGACAGCAGAGAGCAUCAUUAAAAAGAUGAAGUUCAGGUGAAUAAUUAGAAUUAAAUCAGUGAAUCAAGAGAAUAAGAUGUUAAUACUUACAAAGAUGGAUAUAGACCAAGAUAGAAUGUAUAUGAUAAUGAUAGACACAAAAGAUAUGAUAGAUCAAGUCAAGAAAGAUAUCACAGAGAGGGCUAUGAAAGAAAGUAUCAUAGGGACUAUGAUAAUUAAAGAGUAGCAAGUACUAACGAUUUGAAUACUAAUUAGUCAUUCAGAGGGAGAGAUCAGCUAUACUCCUCAAAUAGCACAGAGGUUAAAAAUCCAAAUGUAAAUAUCAAAAGCUAUCAAGACUAAAAACUAGAUGAUAGACGCUAAUAUCAAAACAUCAGACCUGAUGGUUCCUCUUAUAAUUAUCACAAUCCGAGAUAUAAUGCAUAUGAAGAUCAUCGUAGAGGCAGUGAUAAUAUAAAUAGUAAUGAGAGACAUAGAGAAUACCGUAGUUAUAAUUCAUACUCAAAUCAACAGUAACAUGACAGAAGAGGAGGUCAUUAUCAGUAGCAACCAUUUGAUGAUGAAAAAUAAAGAUACUAACCCUAUGACGGGAUUCGUGGUGGGGCAGGAAUCAGGCCUAAUUAUAGAAGAAGCAGGAGCAGGGGCCAAGACUGGAGAGACAAUAAUAAACAGCCUUACGGUCCUGGUGGCUAGUAUAAUGAUAGAAGGAGAUCUAGUUAGGAGAGACUAGCUUAUAAUAAUAGGCCACUUUAGUAGUAUCCUUCAAAUAAUGAUGGAAAUAAUGAGGCUGCAAGAAAAGAUAGUAAGGAGAAUUAUGAAGAGGGGGAAAUUAAAAGAUGGUGA